GCCCCCGGCGACAUGGAGGGCAUCCGUGCCAUCCGCGCCCUCGCCGCUGGCGGGCUCCAGCAGUUGGGGCCGCCCCCGGCGUCGGGUGCCAAGGAACCACGGGGGCCGCCGCGGCAGCCCUGGGCCGCACGGCCGGUCUUGGCGCCGCUGGCCAGCGACGAG